AUGGGCCCCUGUACCGCCUCCUCAUGCUGCUGCCAGGCCCGUAAUCUGCCAUGGGCCCCCGUACCGCCUCCUCAUGCUGCUGCCAGGCCCGUAAUCUGUCAUGGGCCCCUGUACCGCCUCCUCAUGCUGCUGCCAGGUCCAGAGUCUCUCAUGGGUCCCUGUACGGCCUCCCAUUGCUGCUGUCUCCAUCGCCACACUCUGCCAUGUGCCACUUUCAGGUCUCCUCACACUGCUGGUGGGUUCCAUUUUGUCAUAGGGUGCUGUAUGGCCUCCCAUUGCUGCUGCCUCCAUCGCCACACUGUGGCUCCACACUCUGGUUUUGGCCCCGUGACUGCCCAAAUGAGUGAAGCGUGCGGUGAUUCUAAGAUCGACGGCACUCAUCUGCAUGUCAUACUGACUGACAGUAUUAUUUCUCUUCCCCAGCAGACUCCAAGGGCAUUUAAAUUAAGGGUACAGUGUUCUGCACUAAUAAAA